AUGUACGAGGCGCCCCCCUGUGAGAGCCAGGCCUGGAAGGUGGCUCCAGCCAAGAGGCAGGAGGACACGGACGGCACCUACCUAGAUCACGCCACUGCCCGGCGCUGCUCGGAGCCUUUCGCCCUCCUGCCGGCCAAGUUCCUGUCAAAGCUCAGCCUGGUGCCUGGCACAGACGCUGGCAAUGGAGAGGAGAUGCCCCAGGGCCUGGCCUGCGGGAAAGGUCAGGACAGAACCCGGGCGAAGCUCCCCCCAGCUCCCGGCAGUCGCCGGGUCUCCCUGCCCAUCCCCCACCCGAGGCCCCUGCUGACGCCUGCCGGCCCCGCUGCACCCCGGGAUCCCGGCCCGACCUCGUGGGACGACAAGGAGGGACCCCCAGAGGAGCAGAUUUACCUGGUGUGUGAGCCGCCGAGCCCACCUCCCUGCAGGAUGACUCGCGCCCCGAUGCCCCCGCUCGGCCAGGUGCCCCCACCACAGCCCCCAAAGCUGCCCAAGCCAAAGAUCGCCUUGCCUGGGGCCCACCAGAGCCUGGCUGAUUCCUCCCCUGAAGCCUCGAGCAAAGCCCCAGCCUGGCCCAGGGGCAGUGGCUCCCCGGUGGAGGAUCCUGGCAUGCAGGACCAGGCCUGGUAUGCGGGGAGCUGCGACCGGCACCUGGCGGAGAGCAUCCUGCAGGGGGUCAAUAAGGACAGCGCGUUCAUGGUGCGACAGAGCUCGGGGCAGGGCUGGAACCAGCCAUUCACCUUGGCCGUGCUGUACAAGGGCUACGUCUACAACAUCCCCAUCCGCUACGUGGAGAGCAGCCGCCAGUACGCGCUGGGCAAGGACGGGAAGAGCCGCGAGGAGCGGUUCGACAGCGUGGCCGGCAUCAUCCAGCACUACCGCGAGCACCCCCUGGUGCUGAUCGAGGGCAGCUCCGCCUCCAGGGCGCACACCUGCCUGCUCUUCCCCGUCAAGCCCUGA